CUCGACAUCCUGCCCCGCGCCGUUCCCUACCCAUUCGAUAUCCGUUCAUUUCGCGCCGCGUUAUCCGCUCGUUACUUAAGUCGUAGUCAAUAUCCGUCAAUAUUCGCAGGCAGCUCUGGAGAUUUGUUAAAGAUCGCGAAGCCCAACGAAUUCGAUUUAGUAUUUAAGCUGCUAAUACCGUACUACGAGAGUAUCGUCGUGACGCGAGAUUCAACAAUGCCGGGAAACGUUUUACUCGAUAUGACGCACGUGCUAGAACUCCUUAAGGACGAUCCCCGCGCGGAUCGUCAGAGCAUCCGGAAACUGCUCCUUUCUCUCGUUUUGAAUAACUAUCUCGCCGUGGACCUGUUGCAGAGCUGGCUGCAGAGCCUCUUUAGUCGCGCCCUCGAUCGGAUCGCGAAUCGCGUGGAGAUGAAUGGUAUAAAACUGCGGUACAAAACCUGUGGGCCGGCCCACACCAUCGUUGUAGAGGGGCGGGAUCUUGAAUACUCGGUAGACUAUGUGCCCGCCAUCCGCCUGGCUGCCCAACAGAACGUUUUAGCCGACGAACAGCUUACCUACUUUAGGCGCGCGAAUCUUUCACACUGGGAUGCGAUUCCCAAGCCCCUGAAAACGACCACAGCUCAGGUCUCGUUUCGGUCCUCCUUUUACGAGGCCGAGAAGUUUAUGCUUCGGGGCGAGAAUAUGAACCAUUGCUUGGACGGGAUAAAACUGAUUAAGAAAUAUCGCGAUGUAAAGUCCAAUUUAAGCAACCUAAAGAGCUACUACAUUAAAACUUUGUUUCUUUUGAAAAUUAGGCAAGAACCCCCACACUACUGGCUCAAGCCACUCACAGUCAUUUUGACCGAUAUGUUCAAGGAACUCAAGAAUUGUCUGCGCCUGGGCUGGCUUCCCUUCUACUGGGAUCCCGAGCUGAACAUGCUCGGCCUUCUGACGCAAGAGCAGGUGACGGAGAUGUACCGAUGUGUCAAAGGGUUCUCGGAAAUGCUUGAAAGCCAGGAUGGAAGCCAGACGGGCGGUUCUCCGCUCGUCGUUCUGCGUGCUUUUAGCCACAAGGAGGAGCGAACUCCGGUACGUGCCUCCCAGCGGAUACCUAAACGAAAGGACAUCAAGAGACUACAGCUCCGAUAACAACACUUACGGAAUGUCUUCAGCCUAAACGAGGAGCAAGCUCCGCACCAUCAAAGGCUACAGCUCCGCUAGCAAAAUGCACCGAAGAAGAACCCUGGCAAAAUGGCCAGUUGGAAAGGAGUAGGGAACUAGAGCUAUAUUGUCAAGCUAUCCCAAAAAACCAAUUUCAUUUAAAAAUGUAAAAUUGCUAACAGGACAUGUGUGUAUCACAAACAUAUUAAAAAACCUGUAUGCAUAAAAUGAUAGUACAGGUGGUCUUUGUGCCCACUCUUUGUUCAUUAAACAGUAUAUGUAUGUAUGUACAAUUCCUUUGAGCCUGUGAAUGUAUAUGGAGAUAAUUAUAUUUUGAAGCGAACAAGUAAACACUUCUAAAUAAAUUGGUUGGUUAAACAUA